AUGGGUAUCAAGCUUCGUAAACGUCGGGGUGACCGGGAAUCGCCAUCUUCUGCCACCAACAGUCGGCGAGGCAGCAGUGACACAUCCCCCUUGGUGGCAGUAGCAACGGAUCAAUCCACUUCGGCAGUACGAGUUCGGGCCAAGUCAAUCUGCAACUCGACCAACCUGGACCAGUUGCAUCUGGAACGACGACAAUUAACUACUUCGAUUUCGUGCACGUCGAUACCAUCGCUGGCAGGCACUGCUACCCGCUCGCUGGAUGAAGACCCUUGGAGUGAGAAGAAUGUGCAGGCUGCCAUUGACCUUUGGGAGCUGACAGAUGAGCAGGUGGAUAGACUCAAGGAACUCCAGCUCAACUUGAAGGAUUGUUCUCACCACUUCAAGUACGAUCCUCAUAUUAUCUUGCGAUAUAUGACCAGUCCGUUGGGACACGACGCCGAACCACUCUUUCGCAAGAUGGUUCAAUGGAGGGAAGAUAACAACAUUGACAAUAUGCUCCACGAGUACAACCCUCCUCAGAUCCUGUUGGACUACAACACAGCCGCCAUUCUCAAGGAUUACGACCGAGAGGGAGACCCCAUUUAUGUGGAACGAGGAGGAGCCACGGAUGGCCACGGCUUUCUCAAACGCUUUACCCGCGAUGAACUCAUGGAGUUCAUGAUCUACACUCGCGAGCUGAAUACGCAAGGCUAUUGGAUAGAUGAGUACGAAAGAAGACAGGGUAGAAAGGUCAGGGAUGUGACAGUUGUCUACGACCUGAAGGGACUCAAUUCGCACCACUUGAGUCCACAAGUUCUGCAAUUCUUCAAGGACGUUCAAUCCAUGAAUCAGGAAAGAUACCCUGGCCCCAUUAAGCGCAUGAUCAUCAUUCGGGCUCCAGCCAUCUUUCGGGUGUGCUGGAACGUUGUCAAGCACUUUUUCCCACCAUCGUCUCGGAAGAAGAUGAUCUUUGCUGGCAAGCAUUAUCACAAGGACCUAGAAAAGUACAUAGAUCUGGAAGUCCUCCCACCAUGUAUCUGGGAAGGCGGCAAGGGAGAGCCUGCCCCGGGGCUCCCACGGCGAAUUGUAGGUGGCCCCAUUCCAGAUCAUGUCCGGCGAGAUGAUCAGCCACAGACGACCAUUGUGUCGACGCCACCGCCACCGACCAAGCCACUCCAAACGAACGAUUCUUUUGAAGGGACCGAGCAAGGGUCUUUGGCUUCCAGAGCCGAAAGUGACACAUCAGACAUGGCCACAUCAUUUUAG